AUGAUAAGUCCAGGCUAUAUUGAUCAAGGGUUUGUUCUUACCAACACACAAGCUUCUGGGCGUCGUCUUGAGUCAAUAACGUAUGGACAGCAAGAACAAUCCAUGGGCAUGCGCCCAAAUUUUACUAUAGAAUGGUUCCCACAACAGGAAACACAAAUUCAAAUGAACGACACUAACCAAAGUUUUCACCCCAAUUUCUAUGGUGGGAAGGCUUACCAUUAUGCACCUGAAAACUUCGCACAGUCGGUUACUCCCUUGCAGUCAGGACAACUUCCUCUGCCUGGAGUGGUUUCAUUACGAAUGCAAAAUUUCAAUGAAAACCGUGAAUCCAUAGUCAUGCCAAUUGGCCAUCACCCAGUGGGCACUAAUUCAUCCAGACAUCAAUCAGUACUAGCCCCAAUUAAUAGGGAAAUGCAACAACAAGAGUCCAGAAUAAUUCUUCCUCCAAGAGCUCAGUCUCAAGGAGAUAUCUCGCAAGGCUGUUCAAUGAAUAAUGUUUCUACUGGUCCCCAACAAUCGUUGCUCCAACAGAAAAGCUACGCAAGGUUAAAUAACAACCAUGCUUCAGUAAUCCACUUAAAUCAAGGUUUGGCACAACCUAUAGCAAGUCACCCUUAUUUUCCAAACUCAGAAACUCUUCUUCGUAGUUCUGCAAUACGAAUGCAAUGCAGUCCUUAUCUUAAUUCAAACUCAAGUCCACGUCCUCAACAAGGUCAGCGAAAAGUUAAGCAAUCAUCAACAUGGACUGCUCCUGAAGAUAGAAUGCUAAGGGCCUUGAAGGAGGUAAAAAAAUUAGGAUGGAGAGAAAUAUCUACUUUCUUUAAUGGUCGAACUCCCAAUGCUUGCCAAUUUAGAUGGAGGCGGAUAAUGAGUAGUCUUGCUGCUAACGAGUCGAAGAGUGUGCUGCCACCAACUGUUAAAUCUCCACGUAGUCGUCUGGCACAGAAAGUGAAAGAAUCAAAAAAAGUUUAUAGCAUUAAUUACAUUCUAAAUUAG